GGAGAGAAAGACCCACCUCCAGGGAGGGAGGGAAGGAGAUGGCGCUGCCGAGUUCGCAGCCAAACUUUGCUCCUCCACCCGGCCGAAGUUAGCUCUGGAGCGGGACGCGGCUGGCAGCCGUCUCCAGCCUUCGCUCGCAGGAGCGCCCCCCCCUAAAAAAACAACCCCCUCCUCUCUUCCUCCACCCCCCUUCUCCGGCGGCGGCAGCAGCAGCAGCAGUCCCUUCCCACCCACUCCGAAAGUGGCGGCGGCGGUGGCAGCGGCAGCAGCAAGUCUGCCGAUGGGAAGCCACUAAUCGCAGCCAACUCCAGCGGCUCUUUUCUCCCUCCCGGAGCUUGUCCGGCCGCCCGGCGCCUGCAGGAUGAGCGAUCAGCCCUGGGGAGCCUCCCGCAGCCGUCGCCCCCGCCCAGGCGGCGACUCCCUUAGGGCAAAAUGAGCGACUAUCCGCAGAAGGAGACGCCGAUCUCGCGCAAGCAGCGGCUGAUGGCCGCGAUCGCGUCCGGGGACGAGAGUGCAGGAGCCGCGGAGAGCGGCAGCUGCUAUCGUGCCGAGUCCCCGGCGGCGGCAGCCGCGGCAGCCUCCGCCUCCUCAGCCGCGGCGGCGGCGCUGUGCUGCUUCAUCUGCGGCGGGGGGAUCAGCCGGGGCAAGGAACUGAAGCUGCAAGUGAAGUACGCGCGCGACAACCAGCCCUUCUUCCCGUUCCUGCAGCACCAGGAGCCGGCGCCCGGGGCGCAGGAGGUGACUCCGGAGGGCUGCGCCGUGGUGUGCGCCGUCUGCCGCUGCUUCCUGGCCGAGCAGUGGGAUUCCUUCGAGCGGACGCGCACGCCGGUUGAGAAGCGCAUGUAUUGGCUCAAGCGGCCCUACCAGUGCGACGGGCCGGCGGUGGGAGUCGGCGGGCUGCGCAGGGCCCCCCAAGAGUGGAAUCUCUCCUACGCGCUGGGCGCCGACGACGAACGGCGUCCCAGCAGCAGCAGCGGCCGGAGCCAGCCAGCUGAGGACGACGACGACCUUUCCUCCCUCUCUGACGCCGGGAACCUCUCGGAGCCCGACCUGCGCUCCCCCGGCCGGGAGACCGGCGUCAAAGGCAGCCCCGGUUACUGGCGCGCCAAAGAGCGCGCGGUGCCAAGCGCGCACAUGGGCAGCAGCGCCAAUUACCGCGAGUGGAACCAGCCGCCGCCGCCACCCCCAGAGGUGGCGGCCCCCUUGCGCCCGGGGAACGGCCUGCCACCGGCAGAGAAGCCUAAGAGGAAGAGGCAGCGGCGGGCACGACUUUGGGGGACCGAGGGGCCGAUUUGGAGAGGUGCGCCCGGGGACAGCAGCGGCGGGAGGAUGCCGAGGGCCUCCCCUGCAGGGGGAAGAGGCGACGGGUCAGCGGGCCAGCGGCCCCCGGGCGAGAGUGGCCGGGAGCUUUCCAGCUAUUGCUCCUCCGAGGAGAGCGAGAUCAAUAUCACCAGCGACGAGGAGCAGAAGGAGAAUGGCCGUGCCCUCCCCGCGCCCAGGCCGCCCCGGGGGACAGAGCCACCGUCGUUGGGGGAAGCCGCCUGCUACGUCUGCGGCACCCCUUUGACGCCGGCUUCCCAGCACCGAAUCCACGUGCAGAAGCAGGAGAAGGCUUCGAAGGCGCCUUUCUUCCCCUUCCUGUGGCUGCACAGCCCGCCUCCGGGGGCUUUGCCCAUCAGCACCGCGGGGAGCACCUGGGUGUGCUCCUGUUGCUUUGCUUCCCUCGUGCAACAGUGGCAAAGUUUCGAGAUGGCGGACGUGCCUGUCCUGCAGCGGCUCUACGUGGUCCCUCUGAACGCCGCCGCGACCCCCAAGGCGAAGAGGGAGAUCCCUCCAAGAGAGGAGUCGCUCCCGGGCCCCCUGCAGCUCUUCCAGCAAGCCUGCUACCUCUGCGGGGAGGAUUGCGCCAAGGACAGCAGGCCUGUCUCUGCCAAGAUCACCAACGGCAAUGCCAAAACGACCAUGCACUUUCCCUUCCUUAGCCUCCUCCCCUGCCCUCCCAGCGCCAAAGGGCUCAACAAGCACUGGGAGGUCCGCAGCUGUCGGAAGUGUUACAGGGUGCUGCAGGAUCUGUGGGCCAUGUACCAGGCUUGCCACAACGAGGAGCUCAUCACUUCAGUGCAGAGCUUCCUGGGCAGGUAUCACCAGGUCUUUUCAGCCGGGGAUUGCAACAGUGUUGCCACCAGGCACCCAAAUUUGGCCAAACCCGGCCUGGUGUCCAUUUGCUAUAUCUGUGGAGCUGAACUGGGGGCAGGCAAGGAGUUCCAGCUCAGUGUCAACCCGCCAGGCCGCUUUGGGGAGAAGGAGCCAUUCUUCCCCUUCCUCACCGUUUACCCACCGGCUCCUCGGGCCAGGCCUGCCGAUUCCACGGGGAUAGUGGCCACGUGCGUGCUCUGCUACCACGACCUCUUGGGGCAGUGGCUGCAGCACGAAAGUAGCUGUUCCCACCACCCCAGCAGCGCCUGGUCCAGGCAGUACAAAGUGGAGACCUUUGUCUGCUUCUUCUGUAGGCAAGAGAAGAAACGAUGCCUUGGAUUAAAAGCUGUGCAAGUGGCCCGGCUGCCCGUGUUCCUGUGCUCCUUACGGGUGCCCAGUAGCUUGCUGGUAGAUGACGGGAAGCAGCUGAUUAUUGGAGCCUGCCCCGAGUGUGCCGUACUGGUGCUUGCUGGCAAAACCACCGCAUCCAGAAAUCUCUUUGUUGCCCCUGCAAUGGCACCAGCUUCUCUCCAAAAGGCAUCGACUUGUCCUCUAGAAGCACCUGGUCUAAAACUAGUUACCAGUGAGGCUGCCCAGUGCCCUUUGGGCCCCGUGGAAACCACAUCUCCGGGAAACAGAGCUGCUCAGGAUUACAGGGACAGUUUGGAUGUGGAGGGUGCGGCCCAAACAGCUACAAGCAUGAGCCAUGAGCCAAAGUCACCUUCUCUAGGAAUGCUUUCAACAGCGACCCGGACUACUGCCACCGUCAGCCCCCUGACCCCUUCUCCUCUCAAUGGCUCCAUUGUGCCCAGUGGCAGCCCGGCAGCCAACAGCACUUUGUCCGUCCAGUCAGCGCCCUCUUCCAGCUUUGCCGCCGCCCUGCGCAAGCUUGCCAAACAAGCCGAGGAACCCAGAGGGUCUUCAAUAAGCAGCGAGUCUUCUCCCGUUUCCUCGCCAGCCACCAACCACAGCUCCCCUGCAAGCACUCCCAAGCGAGGAUCCAUGGGGCCACUGAUUGUCCCCCCAGGAGGCCACACAGUGCCGAACACGCCUCCGGUCGUGACCAUCGCACCCACCAAAACUGUGAAUGGCGUCCGGAGAAGUGACGGUUGGCAGCAGGAAGCUGGGUCACGAAGCAGCGGCGGAAACAGCAGCAGCAGGGACCGCCUCAUGGCGGAGGCCCCCUUACCCCAGGAGAAAGCCAGUGGCCCAACUGUCCCUUCUCACCUGCUGGGGACGCCUUAUUCUUUCGGGAUCCCGCCUAACUCCAUCGUUCAGGACUCUCGCUUCCCACCUCUCAACCUCCAGCGGCCUGUCCACCACGUGGUGCCUCCCAGCGCGGUCACAGAAGACUACCUGCGGAGCUUCCGGCCCUACCAUACAGCCGAAGAGCUCCGCAUGUCCUCCCUGCCUCCCAUUGCUCUGGAUCCAGCCACUGCAGCUGCUUACUACCAUCCCAGCUACCUAUCUCACCAUCCUUUCCCUCACCCGGCCUUCAGGAUGGAUGAUUCAUACUGCCUGUCAGCUCUGCGCUCGCCUUUCUAUCCAAUUCCAACUCCUGGCUCCCUCCCACCCCUUCAUCCGUCAGCCAUGCACCUCCACCUGUCUGGAGUGAGGUACCCCGCCGAGCUGUCUCAUUCGUCUCUCUCUGCGCUUCAGUCCGAACGCAUAUCCAGCCUGACUGCAGAGAGGCUGCAAAUGGAUGAAGAACUGCGGCAACGGGAGCGAGAGAAGGAGCGAGAGCGGGAAGCUGACCGCGAGCGGGAGAGAGAACGGGAGAGGGAGAGGGAGCGAGAAAAGGAGCUGGAGCGGGAGAGGGAGCGGGAGAAAGAGAGGGAGCGAGAGCGGGAGAGGGAGCUGGAGAGGCAGCGAGAAAGAGCACGUGAAAAAGAACAGAGCAUUGUCAAAACCCUGGAAGGCCCCUUCUUACCAGCAUCAGAGUUGCACGGGCUGAGGAGUCACCCACCAGAAGAGCGUGUCAAACCAUCUGAACAGCUAACGCCAAACCGAGCAGAGAAGCCCAAGGAUUCUCCUGCUAUCCAGACCCCCAAGCCAGUCCAGCAUCCUUUGCACCCGUCGUCUGCCUCGCACCAUCCAGUACCCAGCCUCAUUUCCAACCACAGCCUUUUCCCCCUGCCCAGCAGCAGCAGCACAAGCACGGCGCUCCUCAUCCAGCGCACUAACGAGGAAGAGAAGUGGCUGGCGCGGCAGCGGCGGCUGCGUCAGGAGAAAGAGGACCGCCAGUCCCAGGUGUCGGAGUUCCGGCAGCAAGUUCUAGAGCAGCAUUUGGAUAUCGGGCGCCCCCCUGGCCAGUUGGAAGGCGAGCACCGGCCAGAGAACCCCAGAUCGGGACCAAACCGCCCUGAACAGACUAGCCGAGACCAACCACAGCAUUUUGGAGGCCCCCCUCCACUUAUCUCCCCUAAGCCGCAGCAUCAUCCUGUCCCCACUUCCCUCUGGAACCCUGUUUCUUUGAUGGACACCACCACUGAACCCCGAAGGAUACAGGAAAGCCACCCUCUCCCAAGCCAUGGCACCCAGUACGAGUCAAGCCGGCAAGCCAUUCCCCUUGUGAAGGUUGAGCGGGUCUACUGUCCAGAGAAACUAGAAGAAGGAGCCAGGAAAAGAGAAGCCCCCGACAAGUUCCAGCCUUCCAGGGAGCCUGGGGGACCAGAGCAUGGCAGCUUUCCCCAUGCUUUUUCUCUAGCAGACCUGGAGAAGUCCACCCAGACCAUUUUGAACCAGCAGAGGGCAUCACUCUCACAAGGUGGACAGUUUGUUGACAUGAGCUUGAAUGCCAAGCCAGGUUCACCUUAUAGGCAUCCACUCCCCAGGAGCCAUGACCCCAUGUAUGUUUACGACGAAUUCUUGCAGCAGCACCGGAAGCUAGUCAGCAAGCUGGACCUGGAAGAGAAAAGGCGAAGGGAAGCCCAGGAGAAAGGUUAUUAUUAUGAUCUGGAUGACUCCUAUGAUGAGAGCGAUGAAGAGGAAGUGCGAGCCCACCUGCGCUGUGUUGCAGAGCAACCCCCAUUAAAGUUAGACACCUCCUCAGAGAAACUAGAAUUCCUACAGCUUUUUGGACUGACCACCCAACAACAGAAGGAGGAGCUCCUGACUCAAAAACGGAGGAAACGCCGACGAAUGUUGCGAGAGCGGAGCCCCUCACCACCAACUGUCCAGAAUAAACGCCAGACGCCCUCUCCGCGUUUUGUGCUCUCGACACGUUACAGCCCUGAUGAGAUGAACAACAGCCCAAAUUUUGAGGAGAAAAAAAGAUUUCUCACCACCUUCAAUUUAACCCACAUCACCACUGAGAAAAGGAAAGAUAAAGAGAAGCUGGCGGAGAUGUUCCAUGCCAUGAAACAAAAAAGUGCCUCCACGGCAAUGUCAGUCAAAACUUCCCCACGGGACAGCCCUAGCAUUGUCCAAGCUGAGCCACAAGUACAGCAAUUUGCUGUGGAUUCAGAGAAGCCAGUCAGCAUUGCUGCUGCUUUGCUGCCAGACUCUCAAAAGGCAGCUGAGCCCAGCAGAAUGGAACAGCUGAGGCUGCACGAGUGUCCAAGAGCCAAGGAGCCAGUUCCUGUCUCCAUUGAGAAGCCUAAGUUGAGUGACGGGCACACGGCCAAGAAAAGCCUGAGCAUCCUUAAUUAUGUCCGAGGUUCUCUGCCGAAGGACAUCCCCGUGCCGUUGUCGCACAGUAUGAAUGGGAAGAACAAGCCAUGGGAGCCCUUUAUAGCGGAGGAGUUUGCACAUCAAUUCCAUGAGUCUGUAUUGCAGUCCACACAGAAAGCAUUGCAGAAACACAAAGGAAAUGCAAUGGCGCACUCCACAGAGCAGAACCACAAAGUUGAUGCCUCUAUCCAUUAUAACAUUCCGGAGUUGCAGACCUCAAGUUGGGUGUCUCUGCCACAGCAGAAUGGCCAGAAAGAUUCCCAGCAUAAGGGUUUCAUCCCCCCAGAACAUGACAAGGUUUCUGACUCAGAGGAAGAGGAGGAGGAAGAGGAGUACCCCAGAACCAAGUGGCAUGGGAUUGAAGCAAUCUUUGAGGCUUACCAGGAACAUAUAGAAGAGCAAAACCUAGAACGCCAAGUGCUGCAAACCCAGUGCAGACGCUUGGAAGCCCAGCACUACAGUCUCAGCCUGACUGCAGAACAGCUAUCACACACUAUGACGGAACUAAGGAACCAGAAGCAGAAGAUUGUCUCUGAAAGAGAACGACUUCAGGCCGAACUAGAUCACUUGAGAAAGUGCCUUGCAUUGCCUGCAAUGCAGUGGUCUAGAAGUUAUUUCAAGGGGUAUCCCAGGUGACACUCCCUUGUACUAGGCCGAACAUAUAGUAUAGAAAUAAUAAUCUAUUUUAUUACCUGGAAUAUUUAAUAUUUUUCACUGGGAGGUUUGAAGCUUAAAAAUAAAAGAGAAUGUGCCAUGCAUGGAGCAACAGACUGUGGAAUCCAGGAAAAUCCAAACCCAUCUCUUGAAAAGAUGCAACUGAAAUCUUUUUAACUCUGCGAGUAACUUACAGAAGAACUUUAGUUUGGGUUAAAUUUGAAAGGGUUAUUUUCCUUCUGCUUCCUCUCCUACCUUUUUCAAAAACCUUGUUUUUAAACCAGAGAUUCCAUCGAUGACACUAACAUCCACCUCCUGUUGAAGGGGCCGGGAUCAUUUCCAUACAUAUGCUCCUUUUUGUUGCCAUAUUAGUUUAAUUGUUAUACUUUGGGAUCUGUCCAUUUUAUUUGUUCUGAAUUACACUGUUUCUCAGUUCAAGAGGAGACCAGGUACACAUCAGUUUUUGUUAGAAUGAACUGGAUAUUUUGGAUACAUAAUUAUCUGCAGAGUAAUAGGCCUAGCAGAAGAAAAUGCAGCUUCCAAACUUGACUUCCCAUGCAUCAAUCAGCUUUUUGCUGGAAAUGCACUUCACUUGAAAAAUAAAAGUGAAUGAAUAAACUGAAGGUACCUUUUUAUUACUGGGGAGGGGAAGAUGUACAGAACAGUGAUAUACAUACAACACACAUAGAUUAUGUACCCCAGUGGGUAGAAUUUUCAUACAAAGAUUUUGCAAUUAAAGAGUAAAAAAAAAGGUGCUUCAGCCUUGUACUGUGUAUAUAUUUAAAAAUGUUUUGUAUGUUUUUAUUACUUUAAUUAUUGUUAUAAAAAGCUUGCCAUUUUCAAUAUGUUUCUGCUUUUUUUUCUUUUUGGCAAAAAGAUAGCUUGCUUUUAGUGUUUGUACUGCUGCUGGUCAGGACAUGAAAAAAUAUUGAAAUGUUUUUUAAAAGAAUUUUAAGGAAAAAGCUUUCCACUGGGGCACGUGCUGUCACUUGUGUAUUUUGCAAAGUGCAGCAUCAGUUUCUGGUACAGUAAAUUCUCUUGCGCAACUGGAGUUUCUUUCCUCCUUUUGUCCCCUGCCCAUUUUUUUCUUCAAGCACUUGGAAUACUGAAUGUCAUAUGAUUGGUUGCUAUUGAGAGAACAAGAUCUCAGUCUAAAGAGACCCAAGAUUUUAGGGACGCUAUAAACUUUAGUGAACAAAACCUGGUAUUUGUUCAUUUUAUCAACACCACUUAAAAUCACAUGUGAGGCUUCCAAAGAAGAAAAAGAUUAUUCCAAAAACAGUAAACAGUUAAUACAAAGGAAGAAAAAUCUUGUGAUGUGUGCCUAAAUCUGUCUGUUUCCAACCUGCUUCACAUACAGACCCAGCAGCAUGGAAGCUACUCCUGGCAAGGUGUGGUCCCAUCCUGUAAGGAUGCGCAUGUACAGGAAAUCAUGGGAGCAGGGAAGAUUCCAUAGGUCUUUCACCCCUGAAUGGCAGUGCAGAUUGCAUGGGAUUCAGUUGGCUUACCCACAUAGUCACGUUAUUCGCACGCCAUGCACCCUUGCAGUGUGGGAUCACACAUGCUAAAAAUAGGUCCUGUGCUCCUAGGUCCAAAGUGAAGAGGGCCUCAGCCUUGUACUUAUACAGGUAAUACUUUUUGUUUGUUUUUACUCAAGUCAUUGAUGCAGAAUGCCUGCUAAGACCAUACAUGACCUUUGAAUAGGUAUCUCUUGUCAUCUUUGGCUCAUGUAGCUACUGCCAAAAUUUAAGACGCCUCUGUGUGGUUAUCAAGAGCUGGUUUGGGUUAGCAUUUUCUUUCCAUGUGUAAGUAUUAAAUGAUACUUUAAUACAAAUUUCUUCAAUACAGCUUUCUAGCAAGUGGCUUUGUUCUUCCCUGCGAUUCAUGAAUUUAACUCUCAAAUUGGCAGCACUAGAAAGUAAGAGGCAAGAUGGAUAAGCUAGAUAGCCAUGUGACAAUUGAUAUUUGGUCUGCAAACAUCUGCUCUAGAAAAGUUCGAAGCUUUUUGUUUUGUUUUUUAAAGCCUUGUCUAGUAGAGCAGCUUCUGAUUUUGCUUUGUUCAUCAGUCUGGCUACAACAGCCUUUUGUGGAAAGCAUUGUUGUAAAAUUAGUCCAUGUCCCUUUAAAGGAAGCCUAGAAUGAGUAUUUUAAAGGGGCAGGUACAACAUUUUACAUACAUCCACCUUUCACGCUUGAGGGGAUCAUAUACAUAACGCAAGGAUCAGCCAUCUAAGUUUAAAAUGGUUUCCCCUUUGCCUUAACUAUUCAAGUCCUCACCAACCAAUUCUUGCAGACAAGGUUUGGCAAAAGCACAAUAUUUUGACUGGGAGAAUAAUAUAACCCUGGGAUUUGUAGCACCUUUAUAGUCAAGGUUCACCAAUUUCAUUCUCAGUUUUAUUUUAGUAGCUUAUGUGCAAUGCUUUAUUUGCUGUUACUAUUGAAAAUUAUUUUUCUCUGAACAUUGACAAUGAAAGGCAAGUUGGUGCGCUCUUGUAGGACUCUGUGGUGGCCAGAUGCGAAGGAAGACAAUGCUUCUAUAUUUUUUAAUAGCUGCUUAGAAGUAAAUUCAGUUGGUGCAGUUUCCUCACCAGUGUGUGACAAAGCUACACCAGCCAAAAUUCCCUUUGCUAUGCAACCCUUAAGAAUACCAAAGCCCUGGCCAUCCUCCAGAAUCUUAUAACAAGGAAGGAACAUAAAGGAAAUUCAUGGGCCUGUGUUACAGAACGUUCUUUUCCUGGAUGCGGAAAGAGAGGGUGGUUGUUUUCACUUUAGCAAGUGAUCCUUCAAACAGCUAAAGCUGCCAUUUUCUGUAAUAGGAUUCUGAAUAUUCUUCUCUGAUGUACUGAGACAAUCGGCUCUAUUGGAGCAUGAGAGAAAAGAGCAGAAAAAAGUAAUUCAAUCUAUAUUUUUUCCUCUGAACAAUGUUAGAACAUUAUCAUCCAUUUGGCCUUCAAAGAAAAAAGAGUUACUUGUUGGUUGUUAAUGCCAUUUCAUUCCAUAACAUAGGUUUUACCAAAAAAGCAGAAAGCAAAAGUAUACCUUGAAAAAGUGUUGUAUCCCCCCACCCUCCACCCCUUUAGGUCAACUGAAAAUUAUCCAAAAUAGGGACCACAGCAAAACUGACUUUUCAGUAGCUUCAGUGCUCAUUCUGGCCAUUCAGAUUUCAGUAUAUGACCAGAGUAAAGUAUUUCUGUAAAGUAUUGACAGAAGCUAGCUGUGUGAGAAGGCAACAAGCUAGAAUGUCAAAUACACCUAAUGAGGUGGGGGUCAUAAUUUACACUGCCUUUAAGAAUCUUAGGAAAGUGUUAGGGGAACAAAGAUGGGAUAAACAGUAAUGGCUCUAAUUUAUUUCUGUCCAAAUAAUUUGACACCUGCUUUCAAGCUAUCAAGAUUUGAGUGUUAACUGAGGGCAAUUUGGCUGAUAUUUCCAUACCACAUCUAGCAAAUUGCUGCAGUAGCAGGGUCUUUCAAGUCAGUGUCAAUCACAGCUUUUGCUUCCUAGUUUGCCAAUGGGUAGGAUGGGUGGGUGGGAGAUGGGCAUAGAAAGUAGCAGGCCGUUGCACUCAUUCUUCUAAACUUAAUUGCACUAUGUUAUCUUUUCUUUCAAAUGCAUGGAAUGUGGGCUAUACUCUCUGGGAAGAUGUUUGCACCACAUUGCUUCACUUUACAAGCCCAGCAUGUGCUGUUUAAGGACACACAUGAGAGCCAAUUGGCUUGAGUUCCAUAUAUCUACAUACAACAGUAAAGAAUGAAUGUGCGCUUAGUCAAACUCUGUUGAAUUCAAAUUCAGAUUCAGACGGUGGUACACAUGUUGCCAGAUCAGCCAUAAUUUCCAUUCAGAACAAGUCUGCAUCAUUGUUUGAAAUAUGUCUUUCCCUCAUAUGAUGCAAAAAAAGAAAAGAAAGAAAAAGCAGAAAAGUUAGGAGGUGCUAGUAUGAAAACUACAGUAUCCCACCUUGGAGCAAUUCAUCUUUCAAAAUGUUCUCUCCUUUUCUCCUCCCUAUAACGAUGGGAGUCAAUUCCUUCUCCCGCCGACCCACCCAUCCCCAACUUCCUGGCCCACAGCUUCAAUUCUCAGAACACCUAUUUGCUCUCCCUUGCCCCCAGGGCCAUGCUGAUUGGUUGUUGUAAAAUGUGCAGAAUUUCUCAAGCAACUAAGCACAGAGCAUGAGGGGGAGAGCAGGAUAAUAAAGCCCAGACCUGCUGGGGCAGUUUAGAUGCUGUGAGACAAAUUAAACCUGUUUUAAGUGUACUUGUUUGAAUUAAAUGUAAUGUAAUAUAUUUGUUGAAUGUAGUAAUUAGGUAUUUAUGAAUAUAUUGCUGUAAUUUCUGACAACAUCCAAAAAAUAAA